CAUACACAUGAAUUAUAAUCUGCAACUUUUGUAAUUCUCCAUACAAAUCAAUCUCAUUUUCCAGGAAAAUUUAAAGAUCAAAUUCAAGAUCUUGUUAAUUUUCCUGGAAAAUGGGUACAUGUUGCAGCAUUAGUAGGAGUCCUCAUCAUGAUCAUCAUCAUCAUUCUCAAGAAGGUGAUGCUGAAUGGCAUAAUUAUAAUGAGAAAGAUCAAUUAGCCAUGGCUGAUGAUCAAUAUAUUAAAAAUGGAGAUGGGGCUCGAGUUAGAUUUCAUGGGUCAUCUAGAUUUAUCUCCAUGUAUACACAACAAGGGAGAAAAGGUGUUAAUCAAGACUCCAUGACUGUAUGGGAGAACUUUAACGGGGAGAAAGAUAGUUUUUAUUGCGGCGUAUUCGACGGGCACGGGCCAUCAGGCCACGAGGUGUCUCGUAUGGUGCGAGACAAUCUACCGACAAAGUUGAGCUCGUUGGUGAAGAAAACGUCGACAAAUUACAAAUCCGAUAGAUUCUUUUCAAAUUGGGAGAAUAAUUUCAUUAAUAGCUUUGAAGAUAUGGAUGAAGAACUCGGUGUCGAAUCUAGUCUCAAUGCUUAUAGCAGCGGCUGCACUGCAGUAAACGUUGUCAAACAGGGUGAUAAUUUGAUCAUUUCAAAUUUGGGAGAUUCAAGAGCCGUUCUUUGUACAAGAGAUGGCAACAAUCAUCUUUCUCCUGUUCAGCUCACAACAGAUUUAAAGCCCGAUAUUCCAGAGGAGGUUGAAAGGAUUAAAAGUCGCAAAGGAAGAGUGUUCCCGAUGGAAGAAGAACCGGAAGUUUUCCGAAUAUGGAUGCCAGAGGAAGACUGUCCUGGUUUAGCAAUGACUCGUGCUUUUGGUGAUUUUUGUUUAAAAGAUUACGGUUUAAUACCAACACCUCAAGUAACUUAUAGAAAGAUCACAAGUAACGACGAAUUUGUCGUGCUAGCAACCGAUGGGGUUUGGGACGUGCUAACGAACUCGGAGGUUGUGAAGAUAGUUGCGUCGUCAAGAAAACGAUCCCUAGCAGCUAGACUACUUGUAGAUCAGGCUACUCGAGCAUGGAGAUAUAGAUACCCUUCAUCAAAAGUAGACGACAUUGCGGUUGUUUGCAUGUUUUUCAAGGAAAGACCUAUUGUCCACGAGAGAUCAGAUAAUGGGAGCGAAUUGAACAAGAAUUUUGCGGAAGUUGGGCCACGCCAUGGUAGAAAGAAGUUAAAGAGCGAUGAUGGACUUGACACUGUCGUGAAUUGUGAAGUUUCAAGAACCGAAAACCGAGGCUUGACUCGUCGGAGACAACCGCAACAAUCACAUCGUUGAUCGACCAUUCUUUUGACAUUCUAUAGGGUAUAUGGGGAUUUUGUUUAAAAUUGUGAGGGAAUGUGU